AUGUUUGGUGAGCUUAUUUGUGGCCCACCUGGCAGCGGGAAGACCACGUACUGCGAGGGAAAACGGCAGUUUCUUAGUGUCUACGAUCCCACCCGGCCAGUCGCCAUUGUAAACUUGGACCCAGCGAACGAGGGUGUAUUUCCAUAUCCCUGCGAUGUGGAUAUCCGUGAAAUCGUCUCGCAUAGGGUAGUGAUGGACACUGAACAUCUAGGACCGAAUGGGAGCUACCUGUUCUGCGCAGAGGUGAUGGAAAACGAAAUGAAUUGGCUGAUUGAGCGGAUCAAGGUGGUUGUUCAGCAACGGGUGCAAGAGAUGCUGGACAGCCGGCCACCCGUGUCCUCUGCUGCGGCUUCUUCACUGGCACCCGUGCGGGCGCCGUAUUUGCUCAUUGACUGCCCAGGUCAAGUCGAGUUUUAUCUAAACUCGACUAUGCUGCACACUCUCUUUAGGAUGAUCCAAAAACGCUUGCACUGUUCCCUCUGCACUGUACACCUUGUCGACGCCGGGGUAGCCACUAGGGAUAUCCCAACGUAUGUUUCAUCCUGCCUGCUAUCCCUUUCGACGAUGAUUGAUCACGAACUUCCCCACGUGAACGUGUUAACGAAGUGGGAUACGUUCGACGAGAGCGAGUUAUUAGGAAACGAUAUAGACGAGAAAAGCCCCUACCUUUUUGCCUCUGACUUCAUGACAGAGAACUUCGAUAGGCUCUGGAAACGUCAGAUUCAACGAAGGCGUCGUCUAGCUCAACUGGCAGAUUCUUAUGGUGUUGAAAAUGAGAUCAAGCCUCGUCUGGACACACUGGAUUCUCCAGAUCCUGGUUCAUUGGAAUCGGGGUUUCAGGAUAAGAGACAGGGAUAUAUGUACGAGUAUACGAAGGCGCUAAUGGGUGUUGUGGAGGGCUAUGGCCUCGUUGGUUACCUCCCGUUGGAUGUCCAAAAUUCGGAUAUGAUGCUGCGCUUAACGCAGGAGAUCGACAACGCGGUCGGCAACUUCUUCUAGCGGAUGACAGUAACUCAAAUCAACUGAAGUCAUGGAUGAUUAUAUACAGAUUUCCAGUUGCUGUCUGUCAAAGGGAAGAGUAGGAGGGAGCUACGGUACCAGUUGAACACCGCAAGGAACAGGUAAGAGGAAGGGGUGAAUGCACGUUUCUAAGUGAUCGGGCUUGAA